CCUAUCUAACCUAAUGGCUUCUACAAGGCGACAAACGGAACUAGAUGAUGGGUAUAGGUUUCGUCCUCUUUGUAUCAAACACAACAAAAGUUAGGGGUUACCAUCCAUCAAAAUUUUCAUGAGAGCGAGUUCAACUUAACCAGUAAUUAACCCUCAAUUGAUGAGGCUUUGUAAUCCAUCAAUCCGCAUUUAUCUCCUCCCUCUCGACGGAAAAAGCACCAAAAAGACACAGAGAGGACGAAGAAAAAGAGGCAGUCUUGCACACGGAAGCUUCCCUAAAGAGAGAGCAAAAGGACUGCAAGUGGGGCUUUGGUUAUUCCUCCGGUAUAUUAAUCAGGCACUCCUCCGGGGCCUCCUACUUAACUCAACUCGAGGGCAUUUUAUUAGGGGGUGCCCGCACCAUUUUCUUUUCUAUUUUUAAUUUGCAGAGGAGGAGGCGUGUGCAGCUAUAGAAACACAGAAGUAGAAAAGAGAGAGAGAGAGAGAGAGAGAGAGCAUCUUUGUGCUUUCUCGCUCUUCCUUCUAUGACCCAUUAUUAUUUCAGGCAUCAAUCUCUAAUUGUCCUUUCACAGAACGUGUAACAAGUUCCGAAAUUUGCUCUCAAAAAGUCCCAUUAAGAUCCAACUCGUUAUAAUUACAUACAUCUGGAAAGACGUCUUUGCUUUUUGUUUGACGUUUCAACUAAUAAGAAAAAAUGGUGUCGGCGAACCGUGAGAUGGUGGUUUACUGCUUCGACACGCUCGUCGCUCACUACAACUGCGAGGAUGCUCCUCCCCCCGCCUUCGAUGACGGUCACCACCCAUUGUUCGUUACUUGGAAGAAAGUGGUGAAUGGAGGGGAGCCACGUUUACGUGGAUGUAUUGGAACUCUAGAGGCUCGAUGGUUGAUUAAUGGCUUCAAGGACUAUGCACUAAACAGUGCUCUGAGGGACCGCAGGUUUCCCCCUAUACAGGCUAAAGAAUUAUCAUCUUUAGAGUGUACGGUUUCCAUUCUGACUGAUUAUGAAACUGCUAACCACUAUCUUGAUUGGGAGGUUGGAAAGCAUGGUAUAAUUAUUGAGUUUACUGACCCAGACAAUAAUACACGGCGAAGUGCCACAUAUUUGCCUGAGGUGGCUGCCCAUGAAGGUUGGACAAAAAUUGAGGCAAUAGACUCACUGUUGCGAAAAGCGGGCUACAAUGGCAGUAUUACUGAGUCACUCCGGAAGCGCAUACAACUGACUCGUUACCAGAGCACACUGUUUACAAUGCAAUACAGUGAAUAUGUUGCCUAUGUCAAGGCAACCAGAGGUGCAGCUCCGUCUAUUCUUGGGGCUAAGCCCGGGAAUCAUUGAUUCUUCCAAAUAGCUUUUGCUUAUUAGAGCACAAAGCUAGUUUGGUCUAGACAAAGGAAUAUUUAAAACAAAACAAAACUGGGUUGGAAUUUAUUUGUUUGUGUUCCAUCCCAGACACCAAGUAAUUGCUGUGACCUGUCGAUAUGAUUCUUCAAACUCAUUUGAUUUUGGAGGAAGAAACCAAAAAAAGGGAUUUCCUUCAUUUUAGUACCCAACAUCUAUUUUCAGCAGCUUCUUUGGGAAAGCUGUGCUGGCAAGAAUUUCACGGUUUGUAACUUGAAAAAUCAUCCCUGGGUGUUCUAUCUGAUUAUAUUCAUCUUCA